GCCGCCGCCGCGCACCGCCGCGCCCGGCGCUGCUCCUGCUCCUCGCUGAUGGACGAGGAGUGCGUCUACUUCUGCCACCUCGAUAUCAUCUGGAUCAACACCCCCGAGAAGACUGUUCCAUAUGGUCUCGGAGGCCCUUCUCGACCCAGAAGAUCACUGAAGGACAUGGUACCAGAGAUGCUUGCUGAACCAAGCAGCAGAUGCCGAUGUGCCAACCAGAAGGACAAGAAAUGUCUGAACUUCUGCCAGGCAGGCAAAGAUUUCUGGGCUCAGUCCACAGAGGAGAAAACCUCACGGCACCGCAUCAAAGCCGGCAAUUGCAUUGGACCCAAAUGCAUGAACCGACAGCUUGUUGACAGCAGGAAAAUGAAGCGGCUGGAAGCCAUUGGUAACAGUAUCAAAGCUUCCUUCAGUGUCGCAAAGCUGAAGGCUGAGCUCCAGAAAGGGCGAAAGCUCAAACAUAACAGGGCAAACAAAAGGCAAAGCGUCCGGGAAAGCCUGAAAGCAUCCUAGUGGGAAGACCACCUGAAUCUUUCUCCACACUGCUUGCUGACAAAGCAUCACAAAAACUCUGUCUUGACUCCAACAUUCCAUGAUGGCGAAGGGCCUCUCUGUCCGAGUGUUUGCACAGCGGAGCAAAAUGCUAAGGAAGUCCUGUAUUUGGAGAUAUAAAGACAAAGGAUUUUAUCAUUUUGGAAUUCAGGUGGAUGGGUAGAAGGGCUGAAGGGAAAUCUGCAGUAACAUACAUGAAAAGCCAUCUGUCUGAAGAAACAUUUAAAUACUGCUCCUGGAAUGUUACCCAUCGAUUGAGCAGCUUUCGGGGUCUACAUCAAAAGCAUCUUGCAAGGAAGACCUCACAGAUGUGCUUAGCAAGGACAGAAAGCAAGAUCUGAGUGUACAAACUUCAAAGAACUCUACCUUUUGAUUAAAAUGCAAAAAUGAAAGCCACAGUGCUACUUUAAUCAGGACUUAUUGCAUAUAUACAUGUCUACCUCGCAUACUGUUUGUUGCACUCCUACUAGAGUAUUUUUACACCUUGUUAUUGCCUUUACUAAUCAGCUGCAACCCUUUGCCUUUUUUCAGAAGUCUAGUUUACUUGUACAACCAGAGUUAUCUGAAUGUGGGUUAGGCACUCUGAUAGUUUGCAUAGUCAAAGUCCUUUGGCUUUGGAUACCAAAGGACCCUUCAACAUAAAAUAAAAGUUAGAGGACACUACUAAGUUUCCCCAUAACAAGGAUAUUUGGACAACUGAAGUUCUAAUAAUAGAGGUUGUUGUGUCUUACAUGCUACCAAAAAUGCAUUGAAGUGGGGAUGUACCAGAGGCUGCUGCAAGAUUUAUUCAGGGCUUUGUUUGGUGGAAAUGCAUUGAGACAAAGGGUUGUUUUGAAUUAAGUCAAAAGGCUAAUAUUGGGUGAAUGUUUAUAGCAGUGAAUUUGUUCACAUUGUUGAAUUUGCAGACAAGUUGAAUCUUACGUGCUUAUUUUUGUGUCUUGUAUUUAUAUUCACACAAGUUCUUCAUUAUAUUUACCAUGUUGAAUACACAUUGAAGUAGGCCAUAUUGGUCUAUGCAUGUUUUAUGUAUUUCUGUAUGAAAUUGGGAAAUGCUUUAUGCCUAUCAAGGUAAAUAUCUUCAGAAAUAAAUAUUUUUAAUUACUGUA